AUGCCUCUCAACGCGUCCGGCGCCUCUGCAAAGGGUGCUUUUGCAACCACCCCUCACGAUAAAGACCCCUACCAGUAUCAAGUCGGUUUCGGGAACGCGUUUGCGAGUGAGGCUCUCCCCGGUACCCUCCCUCAUGCCCAGAACAGCCCGCAGCGCAACAAGUAUGAUCUCUAUACCGAAGGGAUGACCGGAUCUUCCUUCGUCGCCCCUCGUCAUGAGAACCUUCAUUCCUGGUUGUAUCGUAUCCGUCCGUCGGUCGCGCACCAAGGCUUCACCCGACUGCCGGACAACCCAGAUCUCGAAUCAUGUUUUCUUCCCCUGAACCCGAAGGUCCAUUUCAGCCCUACUCAGCUUGCAUGGCACCCCUUCGAUAUCCCGCCUGACUCAGAGAAAGUGGACUGGAUCGACGGCUUGAAGACCAUUGCAGGGAAUGGUGACCCUACGCUCCAUGAAGGCCUUGCCAUCCACAUGUACCUGGCCAACACGUCCAUGGAGAACAAGGCUUUCUGCAACAACGAUGGUGAUAUGCUCAUCUUGCCUCAGCAGGGUCGUCUGGACAUUCAGACUGAAUACGGGAAACUUAUGGUGAGGUCUGGUGAACUAUGCGUUAUUCAGAGAGGAAUCAAGUUCAAGGUUGUCCUGCCUGACGGACCUUCUCGUGGCUAUAUCCAAGAAAUCUAUGGCUCUCAUUAUAUACUCCCUGAGCUUGGUCCUCUUGGAGGCAAUGGUCUUGCUAAUCCGCGAGACUUCGAGCAUCCCGUCGCGACCUUCGACCUCGAUCAAAGCCCAUGGAAAAUUGUGUACAAGGUUGGCGGUCAGCUCCAUUCCUGCGCACAGGAGCAUACACCAUUCGAUGUUGUGGCCUGGCACGGAAACUAUGUUCCUUACAAGUACGCUUUGGAGAAGUUUGUCAACGUAGGAAGCAUCUCGAAGGAUCACAUCGACCCAUCGAUUUUCUGCGUCCUCACCGCGAAGUCCAAGCAGGAUGGAGUCCCGCUUGCGGACUUCCUCAUCUUCAGCCCUCGGUGGGACGUCGCUACUGGCACAUUCAGGCCUCCGUACUAUCACCGAAACUCUUCUACUGAAUUCAUGGGCCUUCUCUACGGAAUUUACGGAGGACGGAGCGACGGAUUCCAGCCUGGUGGUGCGAGUUUCGAAACUGGAUUCUGCCCACACGGAGUAUCAUAUGAAGAAUUCAAGAAGGCCACCGAGGGUGAACUGCUUCCAAUGCGAAUACACGAAGGAACUAUCGCUUUCAUGUUCGAGUCCAGCAUGAUGUUCACCAUCACUGACUAUGCCAUGAAGCGCUCUGGGAAGUUACACAUGCAUGAGCCGAAGAUGUGGGACGACUUGAAAGGUCAAUUCGUUAACCAUAUCGACCAGAUCAAUGCCGACUUGAAGGCUGCUGGCCUCCCACCUCUCGGCUCCGAAAAGCAACAGUAG